ACUUACUCCCUCAAAAUCCACCACGGGGGACUGGCAAAAUGACUCAGCAGGCAAAGGUGUUUGCCACCAAACCUGAUGAUCUAAGUUUAACUGCCAGACCUGCACGGUGGAAGGGGAGAGAGACUGCUUCUGUAAGUCCUCUAUGUUUACGUGUGUCCCGGGGCACACACCCCGCCCUACAUACACAAUCAUAUAAAAAUAAAUAAAUCUACCCUUAGAGCUGGGGGCAUGUUUCAGUAGGUAGGAUGUUUGCCUAGAAUGUAUAAAACUGUGGGUUCAAUGUUCAGCACCGAAUAAAUGAGGCGUUGUGGUGCAUGCACAUCUGUAAGCUGGAGCCAGAGAGGUAGAGGCAAGGUGAUCAGAAGUUCAAGUUUAUCAUUGUCGGUGUAAGUAGUUCAAAGCUAGCCAGGAUGAUAUGAGACUCUUUCUGGGAGGAAGGAAGGAAGGAAAAGGAAAGGAAGAAAAGUUCAACUUUAAUUUGUUUAUAUUUCUGACAAGGACAGGGUCUUCAAAAGGGGCAAAAUGUGGGUCACAUUGACAGGACUGAAGAGACGGCUCAGAGGAUAAGAACACUGACUGCUCUUCUAGAGUACUGGGCACAAAAUAAUACAAACUUCAAUUGUUCCAAAACCAAUGAAGAAGGUUAUAGGCUAAGACUCCACCCAGACAUGGCGAUACUGGCCGGACUCCGCGAUGCCGGCUGGUAAUCUCAGCACUCAGGAAGGGAGCGGGAAGAACAAGUUCAAAGCUAUCCUCAGCUACACAUAGAGCAUGAGGCCAGCCUGGGCUAUACGGGACACUGCUUAAAGAAACAAACAAAAAUCUCCUACAAAACAGUAAGAAAAAGACAAAAAACUCAGUGGGAGGGCUGUGGCUGUGCUCAGGGCUGAGUGUGCCCUCAGUGGGAGGGCUGUGGCUGUGCUCAGGGCUGAGUGAGUGUGCACUCAGUGGUAGGGCUGUGGCUGUGCUCAGGGCUGAGUGUGCACUCAGUGGGAGGACUGUGGCUGUGCUCAGGGCUGAGUGAGUGUGCACUCAGUGGGAGGGCUGUGGCGGUGCUCAGGGCUGAGUGUGCACUUAGGAUUCAUGAGGCUUUGUGUUCCAAUCCUAAAACCAAAUAAAAAGGGGGAUGAAGCUGCAGUGGUGCCUCAGUGGCUACCCAGUCAUAAGAACCUGAGUUAGAUUCCCAGCAUCCACAUAGAGAAAGCUGAGAACUUGAGGGCAUGGUAGCACAUGAUUUUAAUCCCAGUGCUAUUGAAGCAGAGGCAGGCAGAACUUUGUGUGUUCAAGGAGAGCCUGGUCUACAUAGUGACUUUUAACCAGCUAGGGCUACAUGUGAGACACUGCCUAAGAUAAAAUAAACAUAAACAAAACAACAAAAUCCAUAGAAAAAUCAAAACAAAAGCAAAGUACAUAUACACACAGGCACACCCAGAAAAUCUAAGAUCAAAGCUCAGCCAUUCUCAGCUCUGACUUACUUGCUGCCUCUGGAGGGCAUGCUAUCCAGUGGACUGGCUCAGCCAGAGGCUUGGAGAACAGAGUAAUUGUAUAAGAUCUCAUGUGUAAAUGGAGACCGUUCAUUCAUUUCUCGGCUGCCCAGACCCAAAUAAUCUUAGUGUCCUCACUGUUGUCUAAGUUCUCUGGGAUUGUGGUUUGUAGGCUGGUUUUCCUCGUUUUAUGUUUAAACCACCUAUGAGUGAGUACAUGUGAUGAUUGUCUUUCUGUGUCUGGGUUACCUCACUCAAAAUAAUGUUUUCUAGAUCCAUCCAUUUUUCUGCAAAAUUCAAGCUGUCAUCAUUUUUUUCUGCUGUGUAGUACUCUGUGUGUAAAUGUACCGCAUUUUCCUUAUCCAUUCUUCAGUUGAGAGGCAUUUAGGUUGUUUCCAGGUUCUGGCUAUGACAAACAAAACUGCUAUGAACAUAGUUGAGCACAUGUCCUUGUGGCACGAUUGAGCAUCCUUUGGAUAUAUACCCAAAAGUGGUAUUACUGAGUCUUGAAGAAGGUUGUUUCCUAAUUUUCUGAGAAAUCGCCACACUGACAUCCAAAGGGGUUGUACCAGCCUGCAUUCCCACCAGCAAUGCAGAAGUGUUCCCUUUUCCCCACAACCUCUUCAGCAUAAGUUGUCAUCAAUGUUUUUGAUCUUGGCCAUUCUUACAGGUGUAAGAUGGAAUCUCAGAGUUGUUUUGAUUUGCAUUUCUCUGAUGACUAAGGAUGUUGAACGUUUCCUUAAGUGUCUUUCAUCCAUUUUAGAUUCCUCUGUUGAGAGUUCUCUGUUUAGGUCUAUACUCCAUUUUUUUUUAUUGGAUUAUGUGUUCUUUUGGUGUCCAAUUUCUUGAGUUCUUUGUAUAUUUUGGAGAUCAGACCUCUGUCUGAUGUGGGGUUAGUGAAAAUCUUUUCCCAUUCUGUAGGCUGUUGUUUUUUUCUUGUUGACUGUGUCCUCUAGCUCUUAUGUCUUAAAUUAACCCAUUUCCAUUAAUCUGUGUAUCGCCACAAGGCUGUGGCUUACCAGAAAGGCUCUGGCGGCGUCUCUCUCCUUUGGCAGCUACGUGGCAUCUCCCUGACUCCAUCUACUCUCUCUAUAUAUCUGUUUGGAUUUCCCACCUGGCUUUAUUCUGUCCUGCCAUAGGCUGAGGCCGCUUCUUUAUUAACCAAUGGUAUUAAAACAUAUUCACUGCAUACAGAGGGGAAUCCCACAUCACUGAUGAGGCUCAACCAAGCUGAAGGCAGGCUGAGGAACAUGACAUGCCUCACGUAUCAACUGUGUGGACAUCUUCACAGGACUUGAGGGCCCUUUGAGAUGACAAGUUCUGAUGUUCCUUUCACAACAGAUAGGCAAACAUAGGCCUAAAGAGGUAGGGAGCCUACACCAGUCCAGGAGGCAGAGGCAGAGUGCAGUCCUGGGCCUGUUGAACACCAUCUCUGGAAGGAAGUCAGCAUCAUACGUCCUGGCUGACCCCUACCUAGUACUCUUGCUAGAGUCAUUCAGACUGGUCAUAGCCUGGUUGUCAUGGAGAUGGCAGAGAGGGCAGUUCCAGAGCUGGCAGAUGGACGUGGGAGACGGCAGGGUACCAAUAUGCUAACCCCUGUCCAACUGCUGGCCAGGACCAUAUCGGAGAGACCAAAGCAGAGCACAGAGCCCUUGGCUCCAGGGACGGCCACAGGGUUGUUCAAACUUCUAUCAAGCAUCUCUCCGGAGGAGCAGGCAAGUCUUGGAAGUGGCGAUAGCCUUCAGAGCCAGAGCUGCCAGCUGCAGAGGUCUCAGAGUGCAGGGCAGAGGACAAAGAAAGAACGCAAGACCCGGAGGCGGAACAAGAAAGGACAAAGCUCAGUGGAGGCCGAAGAUCUGUUCAGUUCACCUGCUCGGAAACCUUCCUUUCCUUUCCAGUGGGCCUGGGAGAGCUUCAUCAUAGAUGGUCAGGCUCUGCUUCAGCCAAGCUCCUGCGUGGCCCACGGCCACCGAGCCCCGCUUUUGUCCCCAGCUGGGCUCCAGCUCAAGUCCAGGCGCAAGUCAGUAAGCAGCCUCUCAGAAGACCUUGGCUUCUGCCAGAAGACAGAAGUACAAAACCUGGAGAGGAGAAAUCAGAUGGGGGCCUGGGGCAGCAAUACCCCCCCUCUUGGCAAAGCAGAGAGCCAAGGGCUGGAGCGAAGCAGCCAGGGUGGCUUCUGGCCACCAGGAAAAGGGUCAGGGUCAGAGUGUGAGGAUGCCUCGGAGGUCGAAGGCCAGGAUGCAGAGGAGACAGAGAAGAUUCUGAGCCCUGGGGAACUGCCCCAGCUCCCGGGGCGGGGCUUGAUCUCGGAGGAGGAGUGGAUCUCAGAGGUGACAGAGGAGGAGGAGGAACACAGCGCCCCCCACAGGAGGAAAGGCAGCUCUCAUAAUAAGGGGAGGAAUUUUGGAGAAAAGGCAUCGGAAGGGGAGCUGCAGGGCCACAGCCAGGGAAGCAGCUCCAGCUCCAACAGCCUCCGAAAGCUGCAGAAGGAGAAGUCAAGGGCCAAGGAGCUGAGGGGGCCCUGGGACCUAGAGCGGCUACACCGGCAGUUACAGGAGGAAUUGGAUUGUGGUCCUCAAAAGCAGACCUGGAACGCAUUGCGGGCAGCCGUCCAGGCCUCUACCAGGGGUAGGAGGACCCCUAUCUUGGGAGAUGAUGAAAGUUACUUAUCUACCAACUUCCCCAAUCGCACCUUCCAUAAACGGCAGGAGGCCACCAGAAACCUGCUGCAGGCCUGGGAACGGCAGCAGCUGGAAGAGCGGCAGCAGGCUGAGAUGCGCAGGGCGCGGGAGCACCAGGUGCAGCAGAAGGUGGCCCGCUGUCUGGCAGCCUACACGCCCAGAGGGAGCCGAGGGGCCUUGACCGCUCAGCGCAAACUAGAGGAGCUGAGGCGCAAGGAGCGACAGCGUUUUGCUGAGUACCAGGCAGAGCUGCAGGGCAUCCAGCACAGGGUGCAGGCCCGGCCCUUCCUGUUCCAGCAGGCCAUGCAGACCAACGCCAGACUCACAGUGAAUCGGCGCUUCUCCCAGGUACUGUCAGCAUUGGGAGUAGACGAGGAACAGCUGCUGGCAGAGGCAGGCAACGUGCAGGGCCUCUCCCGGAAACACAGGAGCCACCGGUCAUUUGGAGUAGAAAUGGAUUCCUCUUCUCAGAGCCCCCCAAAGACAGAACCCACCAGCAGCCCGCCUGGAAGGCUUCCCUCCCCGACCCUGGGCCCAGAACACAGUCCCUGCGAUAAAAAUUAAAUGCUUUAUGGCGAGUACGGUGUGAGAUUUCUGAGGAAAGUUGGCUAUGCACUGGGGGAGAGGUAGUGGCAAGUGGGUGGCCUCGUCUUAGCUAUUUCCCACAUCCGUUGGGAACCCUGGCUGCACCCCGUUCCUCAGCAAACACAUGCGGUGUCUUUGCUACUGAGCAGUGGGACACCUGGAAAGGAAUCGGUGAGACUUUCCCAUGCUUUCUCCAACACACAUAUACCUGGGGACUAGAAAUCCUAGUGAACAGGACCCUGCCUCUGAGGACGCCCGGUCUUGGAGCUUUAUUUAUUGAUAUCUUUUUGUUCUCUGAGAUAGUCUUGGAGUGAAGCUUGCUUGCUUAUUUAUGUCUUUGUUUUCCGAGGAGCCUCUCCGGAACUAGCUCUUGUAGACCAGGUUGGCCUUGAACUCACAGAGAUCCGCCUGCCUCUGGAGUGCUGGGAUUAAAGGAGUGCGCCACCACUGCCUGGCUAGGCACAGAGCUUUAAAGGGGCACACAGACCACACCAAAACAUGCCGAGAUGUGCGAUACAGGAAGCCCCCAGAGGAGCAACUACUAUCUGAAGGAGGACUUCUUUAAAGUCCUCCUCAAGACCAAAACAAAGCAACCAAACCAAACCAAAAACCCAGGAUGAGAGAAAAGGCGGGAAAGCAAGACAUGGUGGCUUGCGCUUAUAAUCCUAGACUGGGGCCAUAGUUAACUGGACAGCCUUAAAAAAAUAUGGAUGUGCUAAACUUGCACUCGAGCUCGGUGUGGGCGUGCACGCCUGAAAUCCCAGCGACUCUCAGCACAAGGGAGGCUGAAACAGAGGGACUGUGGUGGGUUCGAGACCA